CAUUCAAGAAGUCAUUUUUCGAGGGACUUGUUUGGGUAGAAAAAAUGCCGUCCAAGUCAUUUUGACUAACCAAACACGGGAAAGUUGAAAAACUAUUCAGUUGACUAAUGACUUGGUUAAUUAAAUGUCCACGACCUUGUAUAGAAGACGAGUUCCUAGAGCAGAAUUGUAUUGAAUAAUUGCUCCAAAUUUGAGCAAUCCUUACAGGAAAACUCCAUCAAGCACAACAGAUUAUUCUCACGACUCGUUGGUCCAAAUCAUUUUAAUUCAUAGCCAUUAAUGUUUUAUGAUCUAGCCACAUGCAGUCUACUAGCGUCUUCUUGUUUGCGUUCAUGCUGUAUUUGAGCCGCUUCAAAUGUCAUUCUAGGGACAUCAUAACUUCAGGCAACUUAUUAUCCAACAAAGGGGAAACUCUUGUGUCAGCUGGACAGAUAUUCGAGAUCGGAUUCUUUAACACUACAUCUGGCGAUGGAGAAUUUAGAAAUUAUGUUGGCAUAUGGUACCGGGAGAGUCCCAAAACUAUUGUGUGGGUUGCCAAUAGGGACAAACCAAUUCCGAUAUCAAGUGAACCUUUGGUUAUUGCUAUUGACGGCGAUGGUAAUCUCAAAGUGUUGGACUCAAUGAAGAACUCUUAUUUCUCAACAGAACUCGUUAGUGCAUCUUCUUCUAACCGUACAGCAAAGCUCUUCGACUCAGGAAACUUGGUUUUAAUUGAUGAUUUGUCAGGAAAGAGAUUAUGGCAAAGUUUCGACAACCCCACUGACACCUUCCUUCCUGGUAUGAGAAUGGACGAUGCGCAGAAGUUGACUGCUUGGGGUGUUACCCAAAAGGAUCCUACCUCUGGAAAUUACACGUUUCAGCUAAAUCAAGCAGGCAACUCCGAGUACACCAUAUACCAAAGGACAGUACUCCACUGGAAAGGCUCUGCUCCUACUGCUUCUGCUAAUCCAUUUAAUUUUAGGGAGCUGCCCUCUUUUGUGGUGUCAAUGUUAUCCAAUUUUAAUAAGGAGUCUGAUAUUUCUUCCAUGUUGUCUCACUUUAAUCACACGAGGCUAGUGAUGAAUUCCACAGGGGAAAUACAAUUGUAUGGAUGGGACAACAAGAGUAGUGGAUGGUCUGAGAUAUGGUCAGAGCCGCAAGGUCCAUGCGGUGUGUAUGACACUUGUGGGAAAUUUGGAAUUUGCAACAGCAAGAAAAUGUCUCUGUGCAAGUGUUUGCCAGGAUUUGAUCCUGCUUCUCCAGAUGAUUGGGUGGCUGGGAUAUAUACUGGUGGUUGUUCAAGAAAGUCAGAUAUUAGUUGCAACAAGAAGUCAGAAUUCGACACGUUCUUAAAUAUGCAUAGUAUGAAAUUUGAGGAGCCGGACACGGAAUACUCUGCAGCAAAAAGUGAAGAAGAUUGCAGAAAGGAGUGUCUAAGCAACUGCAAGUGCCUAGCUUACUCAUAUUUUCAAGCGGCUGAAACACGGAGAGUAACAAAAUCUAGUUGCUCGAUUUGGAGGAGUGAGCUUGUCAAUCUUCAGGAGGACUAUACUCGUGGCUUCAACCUCUCUGUGCGCGUAGCAGUUACUGAUAUUGGAGCAAUAACAAGGAGAAAUUGCAAGCCUUGCGGCCCAAACAUUAUACCUUAUCCAUUGAGCAGUCAACCAAAUUGUGGGGAUCCUCUUUAUUAUAGUUUCUCCUGUGAUGAUUUAACUGGAGAAGCAAGUUUCAAGACGCUUAAUGGCUCCUUUCCCAUCAUCGAUAUAGAUGAGGAAAACAGAACAUUUGUUAUACAAGUGCAUGCAGAAAACGUUGGCAAUUCAUGUGAUAUGAAAAGGCCAAUGACCCAAGAUGUAUGGCUCAACCAGUCAUUACCUUUUCAUCCUAUAAACCGGUGUUACAAUGGAAAAUUACAAAAUCUCAGUUCUAUAAACGAAAUACAGAUCAUGUGGGAACCACCACCAGAACCUACAUGCACUACUUCAGCAGACUGUGAAGAUUGGCCAAAUUCAAGUUGCAGCAUUGCGGGAGGAGGACUGAGGAGAUGUCUAUGCAAUCAAUACUACAAAUGGGAUGGCUUGGCAUUAAAUUGUACCAGAGAGCAAGGAGCAUGGAGUGGAGAGAAGGCAGCAUCCCCAAAUCGCAAAGCCGUGAUUAUUUCCACCAGUCUAACAGCUGGAAUUAUAGCAAUUUGCUGCAUUAGCUAUGUAAUCUACCAUAACAAAAAGGUGUCGAGAAGAAAAGCCAAGGAAAUAAUUCUAGGGAAUAGGGUAGAGCACUUGCCCGAGAGCGAAAGUUCAUCUAAAUAUUCAAUAACUGAAGAUGAUAAGAAAAGGAUCGAUGUCCCAUUUUUCAACUUGAAAAGCAUACUAGUCGCAACGGAUAACUUCUCAGAUGCAAACAGGCUUGGUCGAGGCGGAUUUGGUCCAGUUUACAAGGGUAAGUUCUGUCAGGGACAAGAAAUGGCAGUAAAGAGGUUGUCAAGUCAUUCUAGUCAAGGUGAUGAAGAAUUUAAAAACGAAGUAAUGCUAAUAGCCAAACUCCAACACAGAAAUCUAGUAAGGCUUUUGGGCUACUGCGUCGAGGCAAACGAAAAGAUUUUAUUAUAUGAAUAUAUGCCUAACAAAAGCUUAGACAUCUGUAUAUUUGAUCAAAAUCUAGGUCAGUUAUUGGAUUGGAAUAUCCGCUUUGAGAUCAUACUGGGGAUUGCUCGUGGGCUUCUUUACCUACACCAUGACUCAAGGUUACGUAUCAUUCAUAGAGAUCUAAAGACGAGCAAUAUUCUAUUAGAUGAAGACAUGAAUGCGAAGAUAUCAGAUUUUGGCUUGGCCAGGAUUGUUGAAGGCAAAAGUAGUGAGUCUAACACCCAAAAAAUUGCCGGAACUUACGGCUAUCUUGCACCAGAAUAUGCAUUGGAAGGACACUUUUCAAUCAAGUCUGAUGUUUUUGCUUUUGGUGUGGUUGUACUGGAAAUCAUUAGUGGAAAGAGAAAUCUGGAACUUUUCGAAGGCACAAACCUCUUGGGUCAUGCUUGGAAAUUGUGGAUAGAAAAUAGGGCAUUGGACAUGAUGGACCCAACUCUAGUGGAAACACUCAAUGAAAGCGAAGUAGUGAAGUGCAUAAAUGUAGCACUUUUAUGUGUGCAAGAAGAUUCAGGUGAUAGGCCACCCAUGUCAAAUGUGUUAAUUAUGCUUGUGAGUGAAAACAUGGCUCUUUCAAGACCAAAUCAGCCAGCUUUUAUCACACGAAGAAACACAACCGCAGGCACGUCUUCCUCCUCUUCUCAUAACUAUAACCCACAUCCCGGCUCCAACAAUGAGUUGACCAUCACUGUUGUGCAAGGCCGUUAAAUAAUGGAGUAUAUGUUACUCAAUUCACUAAGCAUUUUUUAGUAAAUUUUGCACGAUAGACAGGUUAAAUACAUACUCUAAUUAAGACUUGAAAAGCUAUGUAAAACCAUAGUACCGUGAAUCUUGACUUUGCAACAUUGUGUGUAGAAUCUAUGUAGAGGACCUCGGGGAGUUCAUGUAAUUCUGUAAAUUCGAUCUCAGGUAUAUUGUAUAACAAAUAAAUUAUAUCCGUAAUGAGAAGACAAGGAUCGGUGUCGAAGAAGACAAAAAACUGUAAAGAAUGGGCAAACAUUAUCAAAAUUAGAUUUUGAUUAUUUUCUAGUAUCCUCUAUCUGAGGAGAAUUAGUUAUAGUGGUCAAGGUUGGGGAAUUGUAUCCAGACAUAAGGUUUUCUUUCUAGCAUCCCAUCGUUGGAAAGGACAGUACUACGGUUUACGUCUUGGUUUGGAAGACCGAUAACCACAAGACGGAGAAUUGUUAUGAUGCUGAUGGAUUUAGGUACGCUUCCGCAUCUAGUAUUAUGUUCAUGAUGAUUUGACGUGAUAGUUCUUGUGAAAAGAUGGCCUCUUCGUCUCUAAAUUUGAUCUCAACAUCUGUAUUUCUAGGAGGUAUUUCGAGAUAUGAUAAUCCUACCUAGUGAAGAUUUUUCCAAGACGUUCUAUAUUUUCAAAUAUAGAGGAGUAUCAAGUGAACUAAUUCGAUCAACUUUUAAUGGGCUAAAAUAGACUGAGUUUUGAGCCAAUAGACGAAACAUCACCUAGAUCCAUCCCAACUAAAAUCCUUUUGAUUCCCCUAGUUAUCUUGCAUUUGUUUUCUUUUACUAAUCUCAAUUCUUUAAUUGUUAAAACUAUUUAUAUAGUAAAGUAACCGCAUAUCGUACAUUUAAAAUCCUUUGUUUGUCUUUUUUCCCCCUCCUCUUUUAUUAUGAAAGUUGUAAGUAGAAUAAUUACAAAAUCACGGCACAAAAAUUGAGACCCAUAAUAAUAUCGUUCCAUAUCUCAAUUUUGCAACCGCCACUGCAGUGUGCAGACAGCAGCUUGCUACGAAACACAUGAAAAUUGAAAUAUGCAACACAGAAAUGGUCCUAUAGGCCAAGUCAAUUUCCUAAGUAUGGGCUGAAGAAAUAACAUUUUGUGUGCCUGGGUAACAGACCAAGGAGAAAUGGGUGAUACUGCCUUAUACACUGACAUGGGAAUCUAUUUUAGUUUCUACUAUCUACAAUAUAAAAUGAAUUGCAACAUAUUGACAAAUUAGAGUAACGGCUUCAUCUUUUUUCAGGAGGUUUGUAUAAAUAAAC